GGUAAUGCAAAGUACUUUACCCAUAAUUGCUGUCUUUGUUGCACACGGCACAAUGCACAACGAUGUAAAUAGAGAAUUGGAAAAUGUGGAAACAGUUCGUGUAAACACGUGUAUCUAAGUAUCCGGUGAUUUGAUGUGAUCGUAGAGUCAUUCAACCGAACAAUAUGUAAACUUGUAAAUAUACUUUGUUUACAAGAAAGAAUAUUCUUCGAUCGUAGAAAUCGAAUUAUGUACAAAUUGCACAAAAUGUUAACCUCAAAAGCCGGGUUAAAAUGCGUGGGAAGAAUUUUCUCGCCAAGAAAAUUGGUGGGAAAAAACAAUAGAAAAUUGAGUAAUAAUAAACCGGCGGUAAUACUCGGAAUAGAAACAAGCUGUGAUGAUACAGGUUGUGCAGUUGUCGAUAGUAAUGGAGCGAUACUUGGAGAAGCUUUGCAUUCCCAACAGAGCGUUCACCUUGAUAACGGUGGAAUAAUACCACCUCUUGCCCAAGAAUUACAUAGGCAAAAAAUUACCAAAGUCGUUGAAAAGGCUCUGCUUUCCGCAAACUUGAGGUUAACAAACGUCGAUGCCAUAGCUGCGACAGUCAAACCAGGUCUCGUUAUGUCUCUGUUGAUUGGUACUAAUUUUGGAAAGUACUUGUCCAGAGUUGGAAAUAAACCAUUUAUUCCUAUACAUCACAUGGAAGCACAUGCUCUGACUGCGAGAAUGGUUGAAAACAUCGAUUACCCGUUUCUAGUCCUGUUGAUAUCUGGUGGUCAUUGUUUACUGGCGAUAGCUCAAAGCGUGGACAAGUUUUAUCUGCUGGGGUCAACGAUCGACGAUGCACCCGGCGAAGCUUUUGACAAAACUGCUCGAAGACUCAAGUUGCGAAAUAUUCCAGAAUUCUCUGAACUGUCUGGAGGUGCGGCGGUAGAAUUGGCCGCUAGUCGAGCCACAGAUCCUGAACAGUUCAAAUUCGAGGUACCUAUGGUGCAUUGGGAGGACUGCAACUUCAGCUCUUCAGGCUUGAAAAAUGCUAUACUGAAACACACCUUGCGAGAAGAGAAAAAACACGGCAUAAUAGGGGAUGAACUAGUACCAGAUAUUUAUAAUUUAUGCGCUGGAUUCCAAUUAGCCAUGACACGUCAUUUGUGCCACAGAACGCAACGUGCCAUGGAAUUUAUUGAGUUGAAAAAUCUCAUUCCAGAAAAAAAUCGGACUUUGGUAGUCUCAGGUGGCGCAGCCUGCAACAAUUUCAUUGCAAACUGUCUAGAAACAGUUUCUUCCCAGAUGGGAUACAGAUUUGUCAGACCACCGCCUAAACUUUGUACAGACAAUGGUAUUAUGAUCGCCUGGAAUGGAGUUGAGAGGUGGUUAGCUGACCGAGGUGUUUUGAGAGAUAGCGAAGAGAUAGAAAAUGUCCAAGUGGUAGCAAGAACCGAGUUCGGUGAAGAUUGGAGAGAAAAGGUGGCUAACGCACACGUAAGAUGUCAGUGGGUGAAAUUAAAACUUCCUUAUCCUAAAACACGAAAGAGUUGAAAUUAGGCAAUAAAAUACAUCUGAUUUAAACAAUGGUUCAAUAAUUUAUUUACAAAAUUAACUGAUA